UCCAUAUGGAGGGAGAAGAACAAGGGUCAGAGUUCCAGAUCUUUCAAAGAGACUGUACCCUCUCGGACAUAGACCUGACCCACGCCCUGCAGGUGCUGGUCUCCAAGGAGACAAUGAACGUAUCCGGCGCCGAUCAGGACCCCCACACGGGUAGUCUGGUCUGCUGCCCGAUCAGAAACGGGAAGACAGGACAAAUCAUUGCCGUCUGCCAGCUGAAGAACAAACUGGGCACGGCCCCUGGCGAGGCGGAGACGGGCAGGGCGUUUAACCGUUAUGAUGAGCGCCUCCUAGAGGACUUUGCGGUGUACUGCGGCCUGGCCCUGCAGACCGUCCAGACCGUCCAACGGAUAGAGUACCAACGAGCCAGCCAGGAUGUUACCCAAGAGGUUCUGUCCUAUGUUGACCGUGUGUGUGUCACUGUUCUGUCCUACCAGCUCACUGCAGCUCAAGAGGAAAUCCGAGCGUUGCAGGAAGCUGAAAUCCCCUCUGCCCAAUCACUGCGCAUCCUGGACUUCAGCUUCUCUGAUUUCGGCCUAUCAGAGGACUCCACGGCUCAGGCCACAGUUAGAAUGUUCCUGGAUCUCAACCUGGUACAGGACUUCAACAUCGACUACAAGGUGUUGGCUCUGAUGAUAGCUACUCUGAACCACGACCUGGAUCACAGAGGAGUCAGUAACUCCUACAUAGAGAGGACUCAGCAGCCUCUAGCCCAGCUGUAUGGAACCUCCUCUCUGGAGCAUCAUCACUAUGACAUGUGCCUCUUCAUCCUCAACAACCCGGGAAGUCAGAUCCUCAGUGGUCUGUGUCCUGAUGACUACAGGACAGUGUUACCCAUGAUAGAGAAAGCCAUCCUGGCUACGGACCUGGCUGUCUACAUGGAGUAUUUGACCUCUGACCUGCAGGACAACAUGUUAACUCAGUUGACCUCUGACCUGCAGGACAACAUGUUAACUCAGUUGACCUCUGACCUGCAGGACAACAUGUUAACUCAGUUGACCUCUGACCUGCAGGACAACAUGUUAACUCAGUGA